AUGGGAACUGAAAUAAUCCGGCCUCAAAACUGUUUAGUUGACCGGAUUAGAGAUCCUCCGGCAUCUAUUUUUCACACUCGGAGGAACAAUUUUCACCGGAGACCGCCUCUCCGGCCUGACCAUAGAAGACGAUUCGGCUCCGUUGAUUUCAGAACGACGGCGAAAGAUUUCGUUCGGAGAAGAGGAGAGUCUUUCGAUUCGAUUUCGAACAUCAAAGCUCGGAAUUCGAAUCAACCGGAGGUUUACGCCGGAUCUUCGAUUUUCGUUGUUUCUCCGGCGCCGAGCUCGUUGCCAUUGCCGUCGUUCUCGAGGAGGAAUGCGAAAACUCAAGUCGUCGUUGUCUCCGUUGAUGAUUCAGCGUCUCAGGAUCUCCGGCGACUUCUCCGGUUGGAAUUUUGA